AUGUUUGUGUCUGCACUAUUAUUAUUGAGCGACAACUUGAAUACUAUCAAUACAAUCAAUCCGUUGGACUUUUUGGCCGCCAUUUUGGUUCCUCUGCUGUUGUUCGCCAUGACCGCGCAAGCCAUGGCGCCACCGGAGAUUCCGCCCUUGGCCGUUUCCUCUUCUUCCCUCAGUAGUUGCAGUAGCAGAAGUACUGGUAGUACUUUUCUACCUCUCUCUCCAAUUCCAAGCAACACACGAGCCGCUACUACAAGUACCAACAUUCAUCUUGUCAUUCUCAUUCACGGAUGGCUGGGGAGUCCCGCCGAAAUGACGGCCAUUCAAGCGGCCUUGCAAACUCAAAUUCAAAUAAUGGCGGCUGAAGAUACCCCAGAUACCUCAUCAGAUACCCCAGAUACCCAAAAUGGCCCUAUUAAUAACGACAUCCAACUUCCCCCAGAUACCAGUGUACUAUUGCACAGUGUGGAAUGCAACGAUGGCAAGACGCACGAUGGAAUCAUCAUGGGAGGAUGUCGAGUGGCUCAAGAAGUCAAUGACAUUGUACAGGAAAUUCUACUGCAGGAUGGACCAAAGAAAAUCUCACUUUCCUUUAUUGGAAAUUCUCUGGGAGGACUCUACGCCAGGGCUGCGCUGCCUCAUAUUCAAUGGACUGUCAACAUUGACAACAAUGACAACCAACAACAAGCAGAAACCAUUCAGAUUUCACCCAACGUUUUCUGCACCACCUGUACACCUCAUUUGGGAAAACGGGGUUUGACCUACUUGCCACUCCCUCGCUUUGUAGAAACGGGAAUUGGAUAUGCCUUGCAACCCACCGGACAAGAUCUAUUUGGUGUCACUACGGUCGUACAAGACCUCGCUUCUCAAGCCAAAUACUUGACACCACUCUCCCACUUUGCCAAACGCAUUGCCUACGCCAAUGCCUUUGGCACCGAUUUACAGGUACCCACCGCCACGGCAGGCUUUUUGGCCGAUACUGAAUCCCCGCAUUUCUUGGCACCACCAUCAUCUGAACAAGAACAAGACGAAGAAUCAUCAUCACCCUUUUUACUCACCGUCACGACGCCUCCCGAUGACCAGGUCGUACAACAAACCAUGGAAGCGUCUGAUAUUGCCGCACAACAAGACAUGACGUAUUACUUCCCCGCCACUUCCAUGGCACGCACAUUGGAUGCUCUGGGAUGGACCAAAGUCUUUUGCGAUGUCCGCGACAAACUCGUUUCCGUACCCAUUCCAUUCAACCGCAAAGGCAAGGAUGGAACCGACGAUUGUAGUAGUGAAUUCGAUACGCACUCGACAAAGCAAUGGACAUCGCAUCAACUCAAGAACAAAUUGGCAAAUCGCAUUGAUUACGAUCAAAAAUGGCCCAUUCCCAUUGGACAUACCAUGCUCAUUGCCAAUUCCAAAUCAAAACUAUAUGCCAAACUCAAUCGAGGGGGAUUGGAAUUUGUACAACACAUGGCACACGACUUUUUGAAGGAUCUGCUUAUCGUUCCUACGUGUAUGAAUAUGACUACUGGAAAGGACGAACCCUCGUCAUGA